CACUGAGUUUUCACCAGACUUUUCCCAAUAGUUAUUCAUCAGUAAAUUCAAGUUAAUAUGGCUGAAGUUGAAGAAGUUCAAGAAGUUCCAGUGAUCCAAGAAGAACUCAAGCUCGUUGAAUUGGCCACCGCCAUUCCUGCUGACGUGCAAGCUGCUCAAGCUGAAGUCAAGUUGUUCAACAAAUGGUCUUUUGAAGACGUUGAAGUCAAGGACGUUUCCUUGGUUGACUACAUCCAAAUCGCCCAACCAGUGUUUGUUUCCCACACUGCCGGUAGAUACGCCGCCAAGAGAUUCAGAAAGGCCCAAUGUCCUAUUGUUGAAAGAUUAACCAACUCUUUAAUGAUGAACGGUAGAAACAACGGUAAGAAGUUGAAGGCUGUCAGAAUCGUCGAACAAGCCUUGGAAAUCAUCCACGUUGUCACCGAACAAAACCCAUUGCAAGUUGUUGUUGACGCCAUUGUCAACUCUGGUCCAAGAGAAGACUCCACCAGAAUUGGUUCUGCUGGUACCGUCAGAAGACAAGCUGUUGAUGUUUCUCCUUUGAGAAGAGUCAACCAGGCUGUUGCUUUAAUAACCAUUGGUGCUAGAGAAGCUGCUUUCAGAAACAUCAAGACCAUUUCUGAAUGUUUGGCUGAAGAGUUGAUCAACGCUGCCAAGGGUUCUUCUACUUCUUAUGCCAUCAAGAAGAAGGACGAAUUGGAAAGAGUUGCCAAGUCUAACCGUUAAGAUAUCUACAUUUAUAUCGUGUAUAAUAUCUCCAAAACCUUCAUUGUUAAUAAACAUAUUGUUAAACGGGUGAUCAUAGUAGCCAGAAGAACAUACCCAGGUUUUAUUAUCGUUUAUUAAUCUCUACACUUUAUAAUCAUCAUUCUAAUUGUCUACCCAUUACGCUUUUAUGAUUGUGCUUGUUAUUGCUCUUAUUGCCAUUAUUGUUUGGUACCGUCAGUGCCAUGCUAAACUUUAAUCGGGUAAAACAUCCGAAUGAAAAAACUCCCUACACUGGCCCUCAAUAACACCUCGUACCGCUCGAUUCUCUCCGUCAACAAUACAAUGUCCGCCUUCUCUUCGUCCGUCUUUUGCAAUUCUGCCACCGUCAAAUACCGGCACCGCAGUCCCGUAAGCUCUUGUAAAGUAUUGAUAGAACAUGCUAAUCUGGCCCUGAUCACCUUAUUCACCAAGUGCAGCCUGAUUAGCAACGCCAACGUCGAACACGUAAAGAAACACACUCCCACAAAAAUCUGAAGGUGCAAAUAUGGCUGGGUGGAGUUGGAUCUGGUCAAUGCCAACGCGAUCACUUCUGCCACCAACGACGGAAUUGAAACGGCAAUGUUCAUAGCUGACCAUCCAGCAGGGAGCUUGCUAGGAUCUCCAAGAAUAUCUGAACACACCGGCUGACUCAUAAGAGUACCGAUGCCCGCAACACCUCCAAGAAUUAAACAGAACGGUACCAUGGCUGCAAAAGAACUGGCAUUGAUCCAAAAUGCCAAAAUCCAUAUACAGAUGAGCAAAGGAAUAAGUACGGCCACAUUGCUUCUUCCAGCCCAGUCGGCCACAAAUCCAAAACCAGGACGUCCCACGAUCUGGCCAAUAUUCAAGAUGGCUGUCAAAAGUGUAGCCUUACUGGAUGAUAAUCCAAUCAGGGUAGCAUACGACGAUACCGAAAACAACACCACCACGUACGCAGUCAUAGCUAUCAGAAACCACACACACCACACCAUCAUGGGCCAAGUGCUGAGAACCGAGAAGUCAAAGAUCAACUUGAAGUUGUCUCGAAUAAACUGUUUCAGAAGUCUCUGUUUGAAAGGUAAGGUUUUUCCGUACCGAGGCUUCAACAAAAAACACGGUAAGGCCGCCACCAACGCCAUCAACGCCGCCAAACGCAACCCCCACCGCUGGUUUCCAGUCAUCUCAAACACCUUAUGAAUACUCAACGAAAAUACCACUCCUCCCGACCCAGCACCAGAAAUACAGAUGCCGAAGGCAGUAGCGCGAUGCUUGUCAAACCAGGUUGGUAACACCAAAGUGGCCGGAAUAAACAACAUGCUGAACGACAUCCCCACAAUGACACCCUGACACACAUAGAGCUGCCAGAUUUUGGUGGCAAAUGACGCCAAGAUGUACCCAGCCGUCUGAAGGGUGAUGCCUAGAGCGGUGAUGGCCUUUAUGCCUAUAACCCGAUAUAACAUCGAUACAAACGGGCUGCAACCCUGCGCAAGGCACAC